AUGCUAGUUCAUGACUUGAGUCUGUGGAGCAGACGGCUAUACAGAUUAGUCGAAAGUGUUGUCAUGUGGUUAUUUCGUACAGAAAUAUGCCUGUUCUUGUCAGUUUCUGGUAUCCUCUCAGCAUUUUGUGUACUUGAAUCUCUUCUACACCCGGAGGAAGGCUCAGAAACAUUGGAAGUAGUAACAUUGACCAAUGACACUAGCUCAGAUUCGGAAAUUGACGACGGUCUUCCUGUAUCAUCGAUCGAAAAUAUAUCCACAUUCGUAUCACUUGUACUUGGACUUUUUGCAGUUCUCUUGGUACUUUGGAAAGUCUCUGUAGUUGCUUUUUUUGGUAGUUUGACUCACGCUGAAAGGAUAUCGACCUCUAAAUCACUUUUCCGCUUUGUCCUUUUUCAUUUCAUUAUAUUGUCUGGUGCUAUUAACCCUUCCAGGUUAACGAGUCUGCUUGGAUGGCUUUGUUGGUUUAGUGUUCUGGGAGUAUUGCACAUGUUAACAUCAGUAGCCUCUUCUCGCUGUAAUCAAAUAUCAGCUUCAGGUUCUGUGAAUGUUCAUCAGUGGAUGAGGAUAUGUAGCAUGUUUUUAGUUGUUUCCAUCUCAAAUUGGUAUUUACUUAAGGCUGGCCUAGAAAACUGUUUCCUGUUGGCUGACAUAGAUGUUUCAACUAGUGGAGACUUUAUAGAUGUCCACUCACGAAAUUCAUUUUUAGCUGGGCUAAAAACACCAACUGUAUUGGGCGCCCUUAAAGCUAAAAUAACAGGAAAGAAAGAACUUUUAUAUGAUGCUGUUGACGUGGUUGCUCUGUUGAUUUCCGAAUUCGCUCUUUUAAUGUGUACAAUAUGCCAUCUUGUUUGUGGAUUACUUAUACAAGCCUACGAUCGCUGGUGUUUGCGGAAGGGACAAAGCUGGAAGUAUCACUCAACAGUCGCUUAUUAUUAUGAACUCAUUUUUACGUGUUUGUAUCGCCUAACGGAGAUCACGCAUUACCUACAUCUUCUGUUAUGGAGCAGGGUAUUUUCCAUCGCAAGUCUUGUUGUUUUCCUGCAUAUACGUGUGUCCUAUUCUAACUUAGCAAAUAGUAUAUCUCGUCACCUGGCACAGAGACGCCUCAUGAGAUAUAUCAAUGAAAAUUACCAAUCUUGUGGAACAGGCAAAUGUGUAUCUAAAGAUACCGACUCACAUUUAGAAUCAGAUAGCAAACGUUCACAGGUUUUAUCAUUAGAUUCUGGAAAUGAUGCUUCACUUGUAUGUGCAAUAUGUUGGGAUAUUAUGACAUCAUGGAGACGAUUGCCAUGCCGUCACGACUUCCAUGAACAUUGCCUUCGUGCUUGGCUCGAACAGAACCCAAGCUGUCCAACAUGCAGAUGUGACUUAGGCAUACCUCCUGUUCUUCUUUACAAUCAUAACAGAACACAACGAACGGAAAAUGCUGCACUUGGUAUGCUUGUUAGAAAUUUGUUUAAUAACAUUGGAAAUGACGGUGCAGUUGAUCAAAAUCGUAAUGGAGCCAACAAUGUUCAGCCAUUAGUAGCGCCUCAUACAGCGAUUCAGCCUAACCAGUUAUCCGGUAUCUCCAGGAUGUUUGCUACAGCUAUAGGACUAAAUCUUGGACUAAGCAUUGGUGCUGCUCCAGUGGUUGCUGGAGCAGCUCAAGCAGCCGCCCUAAAUGCACUGCCUCGUGAUUCAAGCACCUCUCUUUCCGGUAAUCCAAAUUCCCAAGUAGAUGAGGCUUCGAAUUCUCCCGCACAAAGUAUCGAUAGUUUGUCUAUCCACGAAGGAAAUCGUGAGAAUAAUCAAGAGCCAACCAUUGCAGGUAAUGAAGCGAGAGAUCAAAUUAGACGAAGAUCUUUUCACUUUGACGGGUCACGAUAUUUUUCUUGGUUACCUUCUCUGCAUGUUGAAUUAUCUGAAGUAUUUCGCGAGGUAUUCCAUGUGGGUGGAAUUCAAGGUUUCGGUGGUAUUCAACCUAACAAUAUGGUUGGUGAACUGAAUAAUCAAGGUGCAAAUGUUCGUGGCCAGAAUAUGGGAUUUAUUGAUACCAACGCUCAUAACUCCCAACCAAAUAACAAUAAUGAUGUAAAUGCAUUCCCAAUUUAUUUACGUGUUGCUGUUGACCAGUUAACUAAUAUGUUCCCACAAUUUCCACGUUCUGUAAUAAUUGGGGAACUCUUGGCAACUGGUGUUCCAGAUUUAGCAGCGGAAAAUCUGAUUGCACGGUCACCACCAGUUGUAUCUACUUCAAAUUCUAGUAAUUUAAUUUCCACUUCUAGUGGUACUUCUGGGCAUCAUAGUGGCAAUCCAUUCACUUCAACAAAUGGGAGUAAUGAUGAAACGACAAAUCAACCUGUAUCCAGCUCUCCUUUAUCUAAUGAGCCACUGGAUACAACAGAAAACGACGAUGAAGAUGAAGGCAGUAUGAAUUUAUCUUUUACCGCUAGACGUAAAUCGAUGCUGUCGAAAGCCAGAAGACGUUUCAUGGCUAGAUUUAAUAAUACUGCCUAG